AUGGACGACGAAGCCGGUCCCAACAUGACCGUCUUCCUAUCAGUCGGCAUUCUAGUCGAGUUCUUGGCCAACUACAUGCAUUUGGUGGCUAUCGCUAGGACGGGACCGGCUCAACUUCACUCGUUCGACCAGCUUUCUUGGUGCGAAUUGCGAAGCAGACUCGGGCCUCAGCUACCCAGAACUUUCGUGAAGAGAUGA